GUGACAAGUAGGGGCUGCGCAGUAGAGUGCAAUAAAUAAAUAAACAUUGCGUAGGUUGAAGUUUCGCAAUUUUAAUGUCAGGUUCUCUGCCAAAAAAUGUCUCACAGCGAUAGUGAAGUGAACCGGACUAAGGGGGAGUUCAAAAAAAAGCUUCAUGUGGAAUUAAAAGCGAAAAACCUAAUUAAAAGUCAACAUUAUGCCGCCUUGAAGAACCGAAUAAGGACUCUAAGAAAUGCCCGUCUUCUUUUCGCUGCUGCUAGUAACAACACUGAAAGUAUAGAAAAACAAUUAGCUUUGGGAGCUAGCCCCAACAGUGCAGAUGUGCAUGGAAGAAGCGCCCUUCAUAUAGCUGCCAGUAAGGGGUACACAGACGUCGUGAAGCUUCUGUUAGAAAGGGGCGCUGAUCCUAAUCAAAACGAUAAAUUAUGCAACACUCCGCUUCAUCUCGCAGCUUGCACACACAAUCUUUCUAUAAUUUCAUUAUUAUUAAAGGCGGGAGCAGACGUAAGAAAAUUGGACUUGUAUGGGAAAAAUCCUCUACAGCUUGCUGAAAGUAAAUUGCAUAUUUUGCAACGCAGUUGGAGGGAAGGAUCAAUUGAAAUGAUCCAAGUCAGAGCAGAAUUGCAACUGAUUGUGGAUAUACUUAUAAGUGUGUAUAAACAGCAGACUCCAGAAACAAACGUUGACAACCUUCAACUGAUGAAACUUUCUUUAAAUUCUGAAGCGCCAGAGACUGUAGAUGACCAAAUGUCCAAAUUAUUAACGGAAUUGCAAGGAAUCAAGAUUUCAUAAUCUCAGUUUAUUUAUUUAAAUAUUGCUAUACAAUAUUAUAAUCACAGAAAUAAG